ACGAACAAACAAAUCAUUUUGUGGUUUUCUGUGUUUCAGUUCCACAGCUCUAAGCCGGAAUAAAGAAUCACGGAAACGAACGUGAUCGGUCAUGCUCGGCGGCUUCGUGUAAAAAUGACGAGGAAAUAGCCGUCUCGAGGUUUCAUGGACGGGUUUGUCCGAAGAAAAGCCGUCUCCUCUCCCGUCUACUCGUCUCUCUCAGGACUAUCGUCCAUCGUACGAUCGAUGGCCGGUUCUUUUUUCUCUCGUCAAACUAUCAUUACAAUAAUAAUGGAGUUGUUUUCCCAAUCCUUCGGUCUUUGACGGGCCAGCGUAUAUAGGCGCGGUUCCACCGACGAAAACCAGACGUUCGUGUCACUCGAGCAACAUCGUAAUACGCUACUUGGAAACAGGAGUUGGAAGAAUUUGAGAAAUUCAGCGGAAGAAAAGAUAGAAAUAUACAUCAGGAGUAAUAUAAAGUAGAGAACGUUGGAACGUCGAGGUUACAAGUGAGAAACUGUCAUAGAAGCUCAGGCAGAACUUGGAGGAAUUUAUCAAACUACACGAAAGAGGAGAUAGAGACGUAGAGCUGAAGUAACGCGAAGAAGAGGACGUUCGAGUGUUAAGAUUACGAACGAGCAGCUUUCGUAUAAGAAGAAGCUUAGGCAAAACUUUGGAGAACUUCAGGAGUUAGAUUGAAGAGAACAAGGCAUAUGGUGAGAAGAGAAUAAGAAGAUAUUUGAAUGUUAAGAUCGCAAGUGAGAAACUUUCUGUUCGAUUAGAAGAUAAAGCAACAUCGAGUGGAAAAUAGGAAUCAACGUAGAACAAAGAAUAUCGAAGAACACUAACGGUGCAAACGAGGAAUGUUCACGGAAGAAAGUUGCAACGUUUAAGGGUGCUGCUUCGACGAUGAUAUAGUUUCCGAUGUCAAAAGCUUCUUCUUCCAGUGUAAACUUCAUCGGAUCGACGUAGGACACACGGGUUGACGUGUUGCGGAGGACCAAAAGAGCUGAAACGCGAAAAGAAGAAAAUCAACGGUGAAAACUUAAAGAUGACCAAUUUGAUGGCUCCAGCGAUAAUUUUCUUCAUUAUCUCGUUAGUCUGUAAUUCCACGAUGGGUUACAAUAUCCUGCUGGCCACUAUGGGUGGCACGAAGUCGCACACCGUGCCAUUUGUGGCACUGGGUAGCAGUUUGAAGGCACGUGGACAUAACGUGACCCUGUUGAGCGCGUUUCCGGGACCAGCUGCGAACAGCGGACUGCAAGAGUUCGUUCCGCCUAUCUUCGAGGCUUAUGUCGGGAAUUACACGUCCGAAUGGGACUUGGUUGGCGCAAGAUUCCGAGAUGAAAUGCCUAUCUCUCCGUGGGACGCAAUGCGAUAUGCCUGGGAGGCAUGCGAGGCGCUUCUUCGCGACGAAAUCUCCGUAUCUUGGCUGAGAAGACCCGAAGGCAAUUCUCAGACGCGAUGGGACGUCGCGGUCGUCGACGGAGCCUUCCCCGAGUGCCUUCUAGGAGUUCUUCAUGGCGAGGAUGUGCCCACUAUUAUGCUGAAUACCGUGGCACUAUACAGCGGAUCCAUAAGUCGCCAAGGGAACCCAUCGCCAUGGUCCGUCACACCUUACUUUGGCAAAUCCCUGACCCAGGACAUGAACUUCUUUCAAAGAGUUCUAAACGUAGCCUGUCUCGUCACCUUGAGAAUAAUGCACUGGAUUAUGGUCAGCGGGUACCUUCAACCGGUUCUGAGAAAGUAUCUAGGGAACCAAUUACCAGACGUGCGAGAUCUGACCACAGAGAUUCCUCUGACGUUGCAGAACAGUCAUUACAGCGUGGCAGAGUCGGUGCCGUAUUUAGCGAACGUGGUGAACGUCGCGUGUCUGCAUUGCAAGCCGGCGACAAAGCUUAGUCCCGACUUGGAGAGCUUCUUGCAACGCGGUUUCAUAUUCGUAUCUAUGGGUUCGUCGGUUCGAGCAUCAGGCAUGCCAGAGGCGCUUCGUCAAAUUUUCGUGGCAGCCUUCGCUACGCUUCCGUACAACGUCGUGUGGAAAUGGGAAGGUAUGAAGAUCAAAGAUCUGCCGCCGAACGUCAGAACGGCGGCAUGGUGGCCUCAGCAAGAACUGUUAGGCCAUCCGAAGCUACAAGCGUUCGUCUCACACGGAGGACUUUUGUCUUUGCACGAGGCUGCUUAUCACGCCACCCCGACACUCGUUUUGCCUGUUUUCUGCGAUCACGAUGGAAACGCGGCUCAAGCUGAAAAACUGGGUUACGUUCUGGUGAUGGACUUGGCUAGGAUAUCCAUCGGAAGCUUUCGUGAUGGGAUUCUCAAAGUGGCUGCCGUACACAACAAUUCGUACCGAAUAGCAGCGAAGAAGAGAAGCUCGUUGCUACGGGAGUUGCCAAUUAACCCUAGAAAAUUGGCUACGUGGUGGGUAGAACACAUUGCCAAGUACAAAGGAGCCGAACAUUUAAAAAGUUCUACGAGAUAUAUGAAUGUUAUUCACUAUUAUUCCAUCGAUGUGGCAAUGUUUUACGUGACAGCGUUAUUACUAUCGGCAUACGGACUGAAGAAAUUGUGUUGGAGAACUAUUUCCAAACAAAUUGUUAGGAAAAAAAUCGACUAGACUGUGAAUAGUAUCAAUUUCGUUUUCUGUGAAAUUGUCAUGUAUUUAUUUAAUAUGUUUUGUACCUUCUAAUAGCAUCUAUGGAUAUUUUAGCGAUUUUUGAUAUUGCCUAUAUAAAUAUCUUACAAUUAGAUUAGAAAUAUUUUCUCAAAAAUCUAAACAUUUCUAUCCUCUUUACUGUGCUUGAAUUAAUAUGUAAUAUAGUAAAAUAAGCUCCGUUUAGAUGAAAGAAGAAAUAAUUAAAAAUAAAAAUUAGUGAUUAUUCAGAAAAUGAUAAUAUCGACGUAUAACAGGUUUCUACAUUAACUACUAUUGAUGUAGCGGGUCGAAAGUAUCUUUGAAAUCUCACGGAAUGAUGCAAUGUAGUUCACAUUGCACAUGCAAACAAUUUGCAAAGUUUAUGAUUUAAACUAGAAGCGCGAAAAUAUAUUGAAACAAUCUUUUUGAGACUGUAUGUAAUUCAUAAAACUAUAAACAUACGGUUGCUCGGCAACCGUAUAAACGCGAACUUGUUUACAAACAUUCGAAUCAAAAGCUAUCCUGACAUGUUAUAU